AUGCCGCUGGCAGACUUGCGGUACUUGUACCACAUGGCCCUUGUCGAUGGGAUGCUCGCCUUGAGCGGCACGAGCAACAUGUGCCUCUUGUGGGGUGAGAUGCGAAUAAUGAUACAACUGGCAACGAGCUUUGGCUUUGUGGCGCACACGCUUGCGGCCACGUCUGCCGAGCGGCUCGCCGUCUUGACCAAGUCCCAGGACGCAGCCAACGAUGGCGCAAGAUACCGCGCUCUAGCUCUCCACGGGCUGAGCAGAGAGAUACAGCUCUUUUCCAAGAGCAACGCGGAUGCAAUAUUGAGCGCGUAUCUCGGCUGCUCAUUCAUCAUGGCCGAUUACCGUGCCGUCAUGACAGUAACAAAGAGUAUAGUCCUGGUAGCUGCGCGGAUGGAGCACUGGUCAGAGCAGUCUGCGUUUCGCCAUCUUUUCGACUACGACCGCCUGCACCGGUUACAAGACAUCCACGACGGACCACGGCCAAGGCAUCAAGAUGUAGCCACUCUGCUAGCCGAGGGAGUGCAGGCUUUGAACAGGCUAUCGAACUGCCUGCGGCACAAUCUCCAUCUAGCCGCCGUGGUUCGACAGCUGCGCGACGUCUUGAGGCUGGUGGACGACAAGCUGGACGCCGACGUGCCGGCCGCAACUCAGUACCGCUUGAUUCACCCCUUCAUAUCGUGGUACAACCGAAACGAAGCUUCUUCCUACGUAGCCAUUAGCCAGAGGGACCCUGCCGUGCUUGUUUUCCUGCUGUACAUGUACUCGGCCUUUGUAUCCCUGGCGGUGGCGUUGCCCGCAACGAACCUGCCGCUGUUUACGGCGAUUCGAUUCAGGGCCAUUGUCGAGAUUAAUCGGGCAAUGGAGGAAAGAGCAGGUCUCCCGUGUACUGGCUGCAAUGUCUUUCACCAGUAUCACGAGCUCGCGCCGUUUCCGUUAUUGGCCAUGCAGGUAUACCUCUCUCAUGGAGCUGUAUACUGA